UUCUUUUGGGAAGGAAGACAAGCAAGAAACACCGGCUGUUGGCAAAGCUGGGAUUCAAUUCUCUCUCUCUCUCUCUCUCUCUCUAGGCUGAAGGCAGAGAAGGAUCCAGGUGAAGGAGAGGGCUGGUCGAGCGUCUUGUUUUUGUGAGGUUUCAUUCAAGAGAUGGAAGGGAAAUCUGGUGAUGUGAAGCCUGUGGAGGAGGAGGAGGUGGUUCAAGACAAGGCGAGCUCCGGGGAGGCCAAGAGCGAGAGCUCGAGCGAGACGGACGAGCUGCUUCUGGGUGGUGCCAAGAACGACGCCGCGAAGCAGGGCGACGCUGGAUCUCCCGAUCUGAGCAUGGUCCAGCCUUGGACGAACGGUGCCACCUGCAACAGGGCUGCGGCAAUGUCAACUCAGCUUACCAUCUUUUAUGGUGGAAAUGUCAGCGUGUUUGAUGCAAUCCCGCCAGAAAAGGUCCGUGAAAUCAUGCUAAUUGCUGCGGCAGCGGCUAAGCCUGGGGAUAUGAAGAGCAGCGGGAGCUACGGCCCCUCUUCACCAGCUCUUACAAGGUCCCCUUCACUGCAAAGUACUGCCACUGCUUUGGCUUCACCCAAGCCUCAGAUCCACCCAAUGCAGCAAAACCCGCUUUGCAAAUUGCAAGCUGAUUUACCAAUUGCAAGGAGGCACUCCCUGCAGCGGUUCUUUGAGAAACGGCGGGAUAGGUUGGUGAACAAGACACCAUAUGCAAAUCCAUCAGGAUCAAAACUGGCUGAAGACAAACAAAUUGGUCUCGGAACGAUGGCUUCCUCUGAUGUCAGUUGUGGUGAAAAGCCCCUGGUGCCUCAGGAAGAGAAUCAGCUGAAGGCCACAGCGCUGCUUGCAUGAGCUUUAUCUAUCUUAUAGCGUUAACAUGUCUUGUGUCAUUAUGUAUCUAAUGUUCGUUCGCGUGUUUGUGCGUGUGUGCCGGUGUUGUUACCCCGGAUGUUUCUGUGUCAGCUGCACUAAUGCAAAGCAUGUUGGACUCUGAUGUAUGACUUGUCUUAGGACACGAACAUGUUACUAGUUUCUGAUCGCCGUCGUAUUAAUGAAGGAUGGCUACGUAGUCGCGUCUUCCUUUGUC